CGCGUUCAGACACUCCCUACAACCAUGAACACCAAUCAAAACCUAAAGUGAACAAUUCCUCUACAAUUGUCUUCCUCUCUCUCUCCCUGUUUUUACCCUCUCUGGCUCUGUCUGCCUAGCUGUCACCUCGGCUAUGUGACCCUUAAAUGUUUAUCCCCCCUUCGUGUUGUGUUGUGGCAGGUUUUGGUGGUCGUCGCUGCUGCAGACUCGAUCACUUUCUCAUGCUAAUGUGAGGAACCACCACCACUGUUGUUGCUGCUGCUGCUGCUGUUGCGUCCAUCCAUGGCGUCCGUUUACGGCGGAUCUCAUACCCUGAGCAAGGAUGAUGUGAAUUACAGGAUGCAUUUCCGAAUGAUAAACGAGCAGCAGGUUGAAGAUAUCACCAUCGAGUUUUUCUACAGGCCGCACACGAUAACUCUGCUGACAUGCACGGUGCUCAGUUUGAUGUAUUUCGCCUUCACAAGGUAAGAGGCUCGCAGCUACUAGCGUUAGCACGGUUCGUUAGCUUAGUUAGCCAACAGGGAUGCUCUGACACAGCCAGGUCCACACACAGAGGUUAGCUAGAUUUUAUCAUCUUAUUUAGGUUUUUAUCAGUGAAAUUUGACCUGAUAUAACUCUGUCAGUGCUUAUCAUUAUCAAAAAUAUCCUUUUUGAGUGCUUGUAUACAUGUGUGAUAAGGUUAUUGUAGUGAUGAACACAGUGUCCUGUGCUUUCAUGAGCUACAACAAUGUAACCAGCAGGGAAACGUGUCAUAAUGUCACAUGCAGAAUGAGUCUCUGCAUUAGAGAUCAAUAUAUGCCCUGAAAUCAAAAGAAAGUGCAAACCUUAGUAUCUUUAUCUGCUGUUUAGAAACCUAGAGAAAUGAUGUGUUAAACUGUUUUAAUGAUGUGCUUGACUUGAACAAAAGUGUCAUGACAUUUCUGCCUGUUUAUUCUGCCUGCAGGGAUGAUGGAAAUCCUGACAGUAAUCUCUGGGUGGGGCUCAUCCUGGUUAUCUCCUUUUUCCUUGUUAUAAGCGUUUUGGCAUUUCCUAAUGGUGGGUACCAAAUGACAUUGAAGACAUUUUGUUUAACCUCGUGCAUGACUUCUAAUCACUGUUUGCUCUUUCAUGACAGAGAAAACCCUUGAGAAGAACCUUCAUGUGAGAUAUAGUGUUUGAAAAGUAGCAAAACAAACAAGUUUGAGCAAAGGGAGAAACACUCUCAUUCAACAAUGUCUAACCAGGGUUGCUUUUGCUUGCUGUUGUAAGUCGGUUUCCAUCACAUGAAUUUUAAUCUCCCUUUAAAUCCAUGAACUACAUCCAACAGUGGGCACAAGGGUAGAAAAGUGUUCAGGGUUAUGUAAGACAAUAUUAUAACAAUAUGGUUUGUCAUUAUGAUAGGCUUAAGUCCAUUUUAUCACAUGUUUCAGACUUUAUAACAGUGCGUCUUCGUGUCCCAUACUGUAGGUCCAUUCACCAGGCCACACCCAGCGAUAUGGCGAAUAGUUUUUGGUGAGCAGUACUUCCUCAAAAGGAAAAUAUUGUCAUCACUUCGACUUUAAAUUUCAGUUUUUAACGUCAUGUCUUUUGCUGUUCAGGUUUGAGCGUCCUCUACUUCCUCUUCUUGGUUUUCAUCAUCUUCCUCAACUGGCAGCAGGUGAAACAGCUCAUGUACUGGUUGGACCCAAACCUGCGCUACGCCAAGAGAGAGGCAGACGUCAUGGUGAUGAUGCAGACUCACACACACACACAAUAGAUAUUUUGCAUGCUCUUGAUGCCAUGUCCAUCAGGGGAUUAGUAAUCAUUAUGAUGGGGCUAUGUGUGCCGCUCUCUGCAGGAAUACGCUGUGAACUGCCACGUCAUCACCUGGGAGAGAAUCCUGAGCCAUUUUGACAUUUUUGCGUUCAGCCAUUUCUGGGGCUGGGGUAUGAAAGCUCUGCUUAUUCGCAGCUAUGGUCUCUGUUGGACCAUUAGUAUUACCUGGGAGCUAACAGAGGUAAGUGGGAACUAGAUUCCUUUCGCACUAACUAAAACCCCUCCUCUUGCCUCUCCUUCUGUCUUUUCCCUAAAAAUAUAAUAAAUUGAGUUCAACUAACAUGGUGUUAUUGUUGGUUAAUCCUGCAGAAGUUGAUUGAUUUUGGCCAUUUUCAUCACGAUCAAAUAAGUAGACUCUGUUGCGUCCACCUCUUCCUUUCCUCUAGCUUUUCUUCAUGCAUCUGCUGCCUAACUUUGCUGAGUGCUGGUGGGACCAGGUGAUUCUGGACAUUCUGCUCUGCAAUGGAGGCGGCAUCUGGCUUGGAAUGACUGUCUGCCGCUUUUUGGAGAUGAGGACCUACCACUGGGCCAGUAUUAAGUAUGAUCCGGGAAAAGAACUUCUAUUUUAUGAAUGGAUGGAAUAAAAUUAUGAUAAAACUGUCAUAAUCACAAAUCUUGUAUCUGGUAUCUAAUUGUUUUUUAAAUUAAAUCUUAAAUGCAGAUUCACAUGCUUGGGAAUUUUACAUAGCUCAUACAAGAUUGACGUUUUGCUAAUGUUUGCAAAUAAUUGCCAUUUUCAUUGUGAGCCAGGUUAAAAGUAGAUUGAUGGUCCCUCUCUCCUUUGAUUAAACAAAGAUGUUGAGAAAUUCCUCUGAAAUAAAACUUUCAAUCACAUCAGGUGAAACUGAAGUUACAAAGAUUUUGAUGGUAAAUUUCAGAAUAGAGAGCCUUAUCUAAUGUGGUUAUGAGCUUCUACUGUUUUUCAAGCUUGUCAUUCCUGUUUGGAUCCUAUGAUAUACAAAUAAUUUGUUUGAAAACUGAUCUCAAAAUCUCAUCAAGGUGGAGUGAACUUGAAUGAUUAAUGUAAUGGCAUUACUUUCAUCUGGCUUUGUCUGUUAGCCAGGCUUUAUACUUAUUGUAAAUCUCUCUGCAAGUCAUUGUAAUCUCCCUCCUUUGUUAUUCAUCCAGAGACAUCCACACCACCACAGGGAAGAUCAAACGAGCCGUGUUACAGUUCACCCCUGCGAGCUGGACUUAUGUUCGCUGGCUGGACCCGAAGUCUUCCCUUCAGCGAGUGACGGGUGUCUAUCUUUUCAUGAUUAUCUGGCAGGUGGGUCAGCAAAAGGAAUCCUCUCCCAUUAUCUCAUGGUGACUAAGUGCUGACUAGUCAGGGAUCAUCCUGUGUUAAAUCCAGGGUAAUCUAAUUGCUUCCUCUGUUGUUGAAACGUAAAACCGGUCUCACACGGAUCCAUAUAAUGCACAAGUGUCGUCCUGCCUACACAUUCGCAGCUAAUCCCCUGGUGAAAGACAGGCUGGAUUACUGGGGAGUGAUUUAUCGAAACAAGACGACCAUGGCCUGAGAAUUUCAUGGAGCUCUACAGUUAAGACUCGGCUGAAGAUGUUUGUUUUGAAAGCUGCUCUGUCUCUCAUGUAACACAUCCAUGCAACCCUGUAGUCCUUCAUACUUCCUUACUUAGGAAGUUCGCUUUGCUCUUGAGGCUUAAAAUAGUAAUUAACAACUUUUGAUAAGUAGAGUGACAAUGGUGCUGAGCUCAACCAUGCAGGCUCUGGCUAAUAAUGCUGCUUCCUUCUUGUUAUAUUUGAGCUCCGAUUCAAGGGGUUUGGACGAACUUCCCUCUUGCAUGAACUGCCAGUAUUGUUGGUAAUUAGCCAAACCAAAUGUGACUCUUGUUGCAAGAUAAUCUCUAUCUGUUGCUGAGCUAAUAUCAACCCCAAAGUCAUUUCAAUGGGAGUUACAAUUGUCGUUGUUGUUUAUGUGAAAUGUUCAAUACCGGUUCUCAGUCCGUUCAUUUGUCAGCCAAAAUAGACUAGAUAGGUCUGAAACCAUAAUAUUUACUAGAUUUCCUCACACAUAAACUAGCAUCUGUUUUUAAAAUCACUUUGUGAGAGUUAACUAAUGACAGAUAUAAUUUUAGUUUAAAGAAAUUUAAGACCGAGAAGUAAUUGAAUAGUUUCAAGUAUCUUCAUGGAAUGUGACUGAACCAGCGAAGGCACGUGGAAACUCUGAAGCAGUGUAAUUCCUCUCGAAUGAGCUGAUGUCAAGUUUAUUUUUAAGAGAAUACGGGCACUGCGUCUAUGUUGAAUAAUCCAGGCAUCAGCAUCAAGAUGGUCGUAGUUGUUACUGUACAGGUGUCAAUAAAAACAGAUAAGGGCUGUUUUUGUUUCAGGGUCACUGGAACUCUGUCAUUGCCUAAAAAAUUUGAACCACUGACUGAGUAACAUCUCACAGUUUACCCUCAAGGGGAAACAUCCGCUCUGAGGAAAAACCCACUCCAUGAAAUUUGAAUAAAAACAGUCGAAGGAUAUCGACAAGUUUUCUGGAGUGCUGGCUCUGCGCUCAUGCACACAGGAUGUCUUCACCCAACUUAAAGGGCGUUGUAGGAUGUUCACAUUUAUAUUAGGAGGACACUGUUAUCUAGAAAUGCUUUUAUACAUAUCUCUGUCAUGUACAGCAGCUGUUCAUAUUCAUAAAAGUAUUCUCUGUUUUCUCUCCUACAUAGCUCACAGAAUUAAACACGUUCUUCCUCAAGCACAUUUUCGUCUUUCCUGCGAGUCAUGCUCUCAGCUGGUGUCGGAUUCUUUUCAUCGGUAUCAUCACAGCUCCAACAGUGAGGUAAACGCACAGCAUAGUUUCAUUUGUUUAAAAAAAAUCAAACUGUUCAAACGGCUUAUGUCAGAUUGUGUUGACACUGUACAUUACUACACACGCUGUCAUUCAGCUCUUUGUUAUGACUGUUUGCUCAACGGGUGUACAGUAAAAAUAGUAACUGACUCAACCUGCAGGUGAACAUUUACGUUGUGUUUGUUUUUUCUGCUCCAGGCAGUAUUACGCGUACCUAACAGAUACACAGUGCAAGAGAGUGGGGACCCAGUGCUGGGUGUUUGGGUAAGUUUUUCCUUGACUACUGUUAGUAUUGCAAACUGACCACCAAUAGCAGUUAGACCACACCUUUAUUUAUGCGUAAACUAAUGUGUAUAGCAGAUAACCACAUGCUGUGCAGAUAAAAGUAGUGCAUGUGGAGUUCAGUGAGAAGGUAAAAGUCACACACGGGCAUGUUUGCUUAAAGCUUUUGUGUUGCUGUCAACUUGAAAGUUUACCACAGGUCACAGGGUGACUUUGUGAGCUGUUCUGUCCCCUCUCUCACAGAGCAAUCGCCUUCCUGGAGGCCUUGGCAUGUAUUAAGUUUGGACAAGACUUGUUCUCCAAAACUCAGAUCCUCUAUGUGAUUCUCUGGCUCCUGUGUUUGGUAAGAUCAGGAUCAAAGCUCUGAUGUAUUCCCCUUCCAUCAAAGAUCAUUAUAUCCUUUUGCAGUUCAUAAAAGUCUUAUCAUUCUGUGACUUGACUCCACUGUCUAUCAGACCACCUUCUUGAAACAAAACUCUGUCUUUCCACUGAUGAGAAGUUUAAGAAUUGCAGGUUAUUGAUUAUGAAUGUUCUGUUAAUCAUUAAACAGUCUAUAUUGUGUUUGAUCUGCUCUUAGGCCUUCAUUACAUUCCUGUGCCUGUAUGGGAUGGUGUGGGUUGCUGAAAAUUAUGGCCCAAGAGAAAAGGUACUUCUGUCACUGCAAAUGUUGUUUUUUCUUCAUAGAGGGUGUCAAACUAUCAAUAUUAAAAGGUUAGUGAGGGCUAAAAUAUAGAGACACACAGACACUAUUUGUUGUAACUGGUUGGUUUAUGGGAUGUUGUUUAAACCCUAAUCUAGUGAAUGAUUACAUUAAAUCAGAACAAGCUAUCAUGGAGGUAUACCUGUUAUUACUUUAUUGUUUCCUGGAAACAAUACAGUUGAUUAACACCAUGUCUUUUAGGGGCACGAAUCAGAUCAUUUGACUGCUAUCAAGAUGAAAAUGGUGCCUCUAAAAAAGCUCCUAACCUAUCUUCAGAGGUUCUGGAGAUAUUUCACAUUCUCAUAUGAGCUGACAUGCUUUUUUAACAGUUGUGUGGGUCAUAAUUGCUGGUACACAACAGUGUGUUUAAACAGAUGGCUAUUAAAGUUCGUUUUUUUUUUGUAGGAUCCUCAGAAAUGAUUAACUCAUACUUCAGUGAACCAUGAGAACUGUUCAGGGUCAGCUAGCUUCUGUAUGUUCCCUGUCCAGCUAAUGGUAUGUGUGUUAUGCGUCUGAACCUCUUCUCCUUUCACAGAGCCUCUCAGAAUGUGAAGACAGUAAUUACACAGAAUCUGCUGGCUAUAUGUCAGAGGGAUUUAAAGGUACAGUGACUUUUAUCUCACUGACCGUCAGUCAAGUUUUUAGGAUGGUGUUUUUACUCCUUCUAAACUCCUUUUUAUGCAAAUUUAUCUCCACGUGUUUGAUGUUUCAGGAGAGACAGAGGCAGAAAACGACAGCCCUACAACCAGAUACAGAGGGAGGAGCUUGGAAAAGACUGGUUCGAUCAAUGGCCUGGACAGCCAGUAGUAGUUGCGGCGUACAGGCAGGAUGUCGUUGACUCCUGAACUCUCUUCAAGGAACCCGGCGUGAAGAGUUGCAUGUUAAAAGAGGGGGUGGAGAUUUCCUGGUGUAAUUUGAAGUCCAGAAAGCCCCCCACAUACAGAAGAGAGGAGGCAGGAGGGGUAAAGGUCCAUGCAGUGUUAGUAGGAGUGCACAGAAGCUUGGACUACAGAGAUGUACACUUUAAUGUGUGCUGUAGUUGUAGAAAACUCCCAAACCACUGAUCGUGUGUGUAAGUGUGUGCGUGAGUGAGUGAGGAGAGAGGUAUGUGGCCAGUGAAAGAGAGAGAGAGAGAGAGAGAGAUGGCAAUUAAAACUGCCAAUUCUAGAUAAGACUGCAUGAUCAUUGUAGCUGAUAAAGUCUAAUUUACAAACAUUUAUCCUAUGAUACAGUAUAUCAUUGAUGGUUAAUGUACAUUUGACUGGUUUACACCAGCUAUAACUCCAGUAUGUUGGUCCAACACAUUUCAAUGUUAAAAAGCCAUUCUGUAGAAUCUAUCACAAUAAAUGGAGCCUUUAUGUUUAUUGCACAGAAAGGCUUUUAUUGGCAUCUGUCAUAGAUGCUCACUCUUGUUUCAUGAGCUUGAAUGUGGACAGGAUUUCAAUGCAAGGAAGCUUUCGCUUGGUAGGAUCAUUAACUGAAGUGUUUUUUUGACCGAACAAAGCAAAGCACACAGUUUAAGCACUUUUCAGAAUGUUUUCUUGCAACUACUGUACAUUUUAAUGUUUGAGUAAUCUGUGAAUCAUUGUGACUUUAAGUGAUUUUACUCUCCUGUCCAUCUGUGGCUGCUAUCAUUUUUUUUAUUGUACCAAUAUCUGAGGGCAUCUAUUCAUAUUCCUGCAUGUGUUGUAAGCCUGAACCUGCUGAUGUGCGGGUGGUUUUAUUUUUAUGUUGACCUUCUUGUCAUGGCAUUUGCAUGGCUGUGUCAAAUCAAAUUAAGUAUUUCGGUAGGAAUAUGUUACUAGGGUAUAUAACACCACACACCAGGAUGCCAGUAUUGUCAUUUUUAUGUCUUUCACUGUCAUUGUAACAUUUUAAUUUACCCCUUGUGCCUGUCUGCAUGUUCUUUUUUUUUAUUCCUAACUUUUCUAGGUUUUUACUGAAGUUUUGGCUUUAGAUGUUUGACUCUUCUGUGCUUGAGUGCCGUUUUAAAAAUUUAUUUUUAUUGCUCUGUCAGCAUCAUCUCAGUACAGAUAUAUCCCCUUAAAUCCUCGACAAUCCAGACGUUGACCUCUGUGGAAUGGACCAGGCUCCAGUGCUACAGUACACACUAUAAAUGGUACAUUGUCUCUGGAUGUAGAUGUAAUUUGCCAAAAGCAUUUCUGUUGGAAAGAACUUGUGCUGUUCUUUUUCACUGUGAAAUAUUGAAACAUAUUAAAGUGUUUUACAUUUCCUCUUACACUGACAGCUGUUUUUGGUGCCAUUUCCUCUUUUAUGGCUGUUGAAAUAGAGCAGCAGCACUCUUACAGUCGACUUUCAUCAAUAAAUGCCUUCAUUAGUCAUUAGAGAAAAAUGUUUGUCUUGGCGUGCUGAAGGCUGUUAUAAUACUUCACAAUAGGAAACCAUGGGUGACCUUGCUCAACCCCUGAAUAGCGGCCUGCUGCAGCAAAACAGUGCUGGAUUGGUUGGCUGAAGAACUGCCCGUCUGAGAUCAGAUUUCACUUGGUCUGCACACCAUGAAAUGCAGACGGAAAUAGCUGCCUUAUGCUGACCUAUAACAACGUGUUUUUGAAGGUAGAGCUUGUGUUUCCCAGAAAAGAAACUGCAAAAGGGUCUGAUUCCUCUGGCUAAACCACACUGGGAAAAAAAAACUAACCAUACAGAAAAAUGCCACCACCACACUUUGGCUCCACAAAAUGUAUGCAGCUGCAAUUAAACACCUUGUACCAUCCUCA